ACUUCUGCGCUCGGACAAAUCACUAUAGAUCGAAUCGACCUUUUGUUCGCAUUUUUUAUGCCCAAAUUCUUUGACAAUUCAUAAUCUGAUCUUAACUAAUCUUUACAAAAUGGGUUCUAUAGACACAAAAGCUAGCUCUGCUGAUUAUCAUGAGCGAGCUCUUACUGCUCUAAAGGACAAAUCUCUUUUCAUCUCAGAUGCCUUUAUCGACGGCAAAUGGAAGAGCUCAGACAAGACAUUUCCAGUCUAUGAGCCGUCAACGGCCACGGUACUUGGGAAGGUUGCCGAUUGUGACCUUGCCGAUUUCCAGAACGCAAUCAAGAGCGCAUCGGAAGCUCAGCCAAAGUUCUUCGCAAGCACCACAGGCACUUCUCGAGGCGCCCUUCUGCGAAAGUGGUACGAGCUUAUUAUACAGAAUCAAGACGACAUUGCAACAAUACUCUGCCUCGAAAACGGCAAAACAUAUGCCGAAGCAAAGGGCGAAGUCGUCUACGCAGCAAGCUUCAUUGCCUGGUUCGCAGAGGAAGCAACGCGUGCCUACGGAGUUACGAUCCCUUCUUCCACACCUCACACAACUCUCUACACAACCCGCGAACCAGUCGGCGUUUGUGGUAUCAUCACACCAUGGAACUUCCCAGCAGCCAUGAUUACCAGGAAAGUCGGACCGGCGCUGGCUGCAGGAUGCUCCGUUGUCAUCAAGCCUCCGAGUGAGACUCCAUUCACUUGCCUGGCAUUGACGAAGCUGGCCGUCGAGGCAGGCAUCCCACCGGCCAUCAUCCAGGUCUGUCCCACAAAGAACAGAGAGGCCGCUACCGAACUGGCGACGAACCCGCUAGUGAACAAGAUCAGUUUCACUGGCUCGACAGGCGUGGGCAAAAUGCUGGCCAAGCUUGCGGCGGGCACACUUAAGAAGCUCAGUUUGGAAUUGGGUGGAAAUGCGCCAUUCAUUGUGUUCGAUGACGCCGAUUUGGAUUUGGCCGUUGAAGGAGCAAUGUUCUGCAAGUUCCGGUGCACAGGACAGACAUGUGUGUGCGCAAACCGUCUUUAUGUACAGAAGGGUGUCGCUAAGGAAUUCACCGCCAAACUCGUCAAGAAGGUCGCUGCCCUUCAAAUGGGACCUGGUCUCGACACCAAAACCACACAAGGUCCCCUCGUCAACAAGUCCGCCGUCGACAAGGUCAAAGAGCACGUUGCCGACGCCCUUUCCAAGGGCGCCAAGGUCGAAUUCGGCGGAUCUGCUCCAGACAACUCAGGUUUCUUCUUCGAGCCCACUGUUCUUUCCGGCGUCACCGCAGACGCGCUCGUCAGCAAGGACGAGACAUUCGGACCUCUCGCUCCAAUCUUCGAGUUCGAGACGGAGGAGGAAGCCAUUAAGCUCGCUAACGAUACGGAAUUCGGUCUUGCGGGUUACUUCUUCUCACGCAAUAUCGGAAGGGCGAUGCGAGUCGCACAAAGACUGCAAGUCGGUAUGGUCGGUGUGAAUACCGGCAAGAUCAGCGCUGCGGAGGCACCAUUUGGUGGUGUAAAGGAGAGCGGUUACGGGAAGGAGGGCAGUCUAUAUGGUCUUGAGGAUUACCAGAUAAUCAAGAGCGUGACCAUCGGAAACCAGGAUGCUUAAUAGCUCUGCCAAUGUGUAGCAAUCUGUAGAUACUAGAAAUGAUAGAAAUACGAC